AUGGCAGGCUCCAGCAUUCCACACAGAAUAAGUGAACUCAAGGCAAUAUUUAGCGAUCUCAAAGAGAACAUCGACGAAAAGAUGACGCAAAGGCCAAGAAAGGACUCGGUAUUACUCGAAAUAUGUGCACCUGGAUGCUGUGAACACAAUGGAUGCAUAGAAUCCACUAAUAACAGAGAGAUUGAGAUCAAUACGAACACUAGAGAACGAAAUCGCAAGACAUGCCGCAUUCAGAAUGCAUCCGAGGAUGGAUUGCUAAAUCCAGAGCAUUAUUUAGAAGCACAUGAGGAUAUGAUCAGAGAGAUACAAUCUCUAAAAGAUAAGAUUUAUAGAUUGGAGGCAAUAAACGAUGAAUUGAAAAAAAAAGAUUGUGAGAUGAACCAGAUUAUUGAAGAGUAUAACAAUAAAAUCAAGAAAGCAGAGAUACUUGAGAAUGAAUGUCUAGAACAAGCAAAAAUUGUAUCAAGGCUAAGAAACGAAAUAAUCAAUCUGAAGGGAUCAACAAGAGUGCUCUGUAGGAUCAAGCCAAGCACUGGAAGUAGUACUGGUUCAAGGAUUGAGAUGACAGACAGAUGUCUUGAAAUAUUCGCGCAUGAAAAGAAGCAUAAAUUUGAAUUUGACAAGAUUUUUGGGCCGGACGCAACACAGAGAAAUGUAUAUGAUGAAAUUGCAAUGAUGGUUCAGUCUGUGCUUGAUGGAUACAAGAUAUGUGUGUUUGCCUAUGGACAGACAGGAAGCGGAAAGACAUACACAAUGGAAGGGGAUGAAGAAGAACAUGGAUUAGUGCAUAGAGCAAUGAUAGAAAUUGAUAAUUCGAUUGCAAUGAUGCGCAAAGAAGGAUGGCAAUGCUUAAAUACAUGUAGCUAUGUUGAAAUAUACAAUGAGGAGAUAAUUGAUUUAUUUUCAAGCGAGACAAAGAAGAUAUCGAUAGUUCAUGAUGGUGGAGACACAAAUUUAGUGAAUUGCACAAUUAUGAAUGUCGGCAAGAUAUCAAGCGCUUUGAAAGUAUUAGUGGAUGCAAGCAAGAGAAGAAAAGUGGGCAGUACCGAAUGCAAUAUUCGAUCGAGCAGGAGCCAUACAGUCUAUAUUUUGAAUGUGAAGAUGGAGAAUACACUUAUAAAUGAAAAACGAGAAGGUUCUAUGAUCUUUAUUGAUCUUGCAGGCUCUGAGCGAUUGAAUUCAUCGAAAGCUGAAGGCGCCAGACUUAAAGAAACACAAAACAUCAACAAAAGUCUAUCUGCAUUAGGAGAUGUUUUCAAUUCAAUUCUAAGGAAAGACAGCCACAUUCCAUUUAGGAAUUCAAAGCUUACGUAUCUGUUGCAGAGCUUCUUGUCAGGAAAUUCUAGAACUGUAAUGUUUGUUACUAUUUCACCUGAAAUGGAACAUUUCAACGAGACAAUAUGCUCUCUUAGAUUUGCAGAUAAGAUUGCACAAUGUAAGCUUGGAGUGGCACAACGCAAGGCAAUCAAGACCUUCAUGAAUGAGAAUCAAAAAUAA